UGUGCGUGACAGAGAGACGGAGAGAGAGAGAGAGAGGGGGAGAGGCAGCGCGAGGGAUGAGAGGAGGAGGAACAGAUAGAAAGAGACAGCAGAGGACCACAAAGUGAGGUCAGCUCACCUAUGGAUCAGCAUCCGCCACAAGCCGAAGGGUUUCCACCAGCGCAUCGACCCGACCGCCACCCCCGCUGACUGAAGGGCCGGGGGAGGGGUGGGGGGGGGUCAGAGGUGAAAAAGGUCGCGGACUGACAGAGGCGAGCAAGCGCCCUGAGGCCGAAGGGUCUUUGCUGGGGCGAAGCGGGGAGUGAGGUGGGGGCGGGACAUCGGAGAGGAAGGUCCCAGUGACGGGCGAUCAUCCGGGGGUCCAAGAUGAUGACAUCACAUGUGAAGCUGAGGAGGGAGAAGGGCAGCCUGGCCGAGUACGAGUCGCAGAUGAAAGACCUGCGGGCCCAGCUGACAGACCAGAUCAAGAUUUUAGACUCUCAGGUGGAGGUGAAGCAGCAGCAGCUUUCAGACCUCUCUGAGUUCCUCCGGCGCCGAGGCGACAUUGAGGCGGAAUACGCACGUGCCCUCGACAAACUCACUGAGCGAUUCACCCACAAGACGAAGAAGAAGGAGCAGUGGGGUCAGUCGGUGUGUCAGGUCUGGUCUGUUUUGCUGACUCAGACUCGUCUGGAGAGCCGGGAACAUGCAGCGCUGGGAGACACCUGCUGCAACACACUCACACAGCGGUUGGCUCACAGCACGGAGGAUACACACCGGCUGCACAAACGGAGCAAAGAAGUUGGCAUCCAGAUGCAGGAUGAGCUGCUGAAGGUCACCACCGAAAUGCAGACGGCUCUCAAGACGUACAACCUGUACCACACGGACUGCCUGAUAGCCGAAGGGAAGCUGAAGGAAGCCGAGCGGUUGGAGGAGAGACACACCGGCAAGUCGGCCGAGCUCGGCCCCGGCCAACUGGGAGGCCAGAGGCGGAGCUCGGUCAAGAAGAUGGAGAGAUUGAUGGAGAAAAGGCACGGCAGAGUGCAGGAGAACCAGCUGAAGUGCACCAAGGCCCGUAACGACUACCUGCUGAACCUUGCAGCGGCCAACGCAGCCAUGAACAAGUACUACCUGCAGGACAUCAGCACGCUCAUCGACUGCUGCGACUUGGGCUUCCAUCUGUCGGUGGAGAGGGUGAUGAACUACUACCUGGCCAGCAGGGGGCGGAUCCAGAAGACAGAGGAGGCGGGUCUGAAGCAGCUGGAGGCGGCUGUGACGUCCCUGGACCCUGGCGGGGACAGAGAUGCGCUGCUGCAGCAACACGACGCCGCCUUCUGUCUGCCGUUCCGAUUCAGCUACCAUCCGCACGAGGGAGACCAGGUGUGCGAGGUGAGUGCGGAGAGCCAGGUCAGGUACGAGCUUGAGACCAGGUACCAGCAGCUUCAGUCCCGACUUGCUGCCGUUACCUUGGAAACAGAGGAGGUCAGUAAAACGCUGAAAGCCACACUCGCAGCCCUCCUGGAAAAUAUGUGUGACGGCGACUGUAACCCCUCCCCCGACGUGCCUAGCAGCCUAUCGCACGAGCCGCCUGGAGGAACCGCCGCCCCAAAACUCACGCUCGCCAAGCGCCGAGCCAAUCAGCAGGAGACAGAGACUUACUACUUUACAAAAGUGAAAGACUUCCUCGUCAGCAGUUCUCUGACCUUCAAACUUCAAGCCAAACACGACCUUCUACAAGAUGCCAUACAGAAAGCCGAGGCUGUGGACACCGACCCCUCCAGAAUGCAAUGUGCUCGGUCAGUGCGCAUUUGGAAGUCCAGACCUGUUUCCCAAUUCUGCCACACACUCUUCACCACAGACAUACUCUCCUACAUACAGAGCUCUGGGCAGCAGAUCCCUGUGGUGGUUGAGAGCUGCAUCCGUUUCAUCAACCUUCACGGUCUCCACCAUGAAGGUAUAUUUAGAGUUCCUGGGUCACAGAGGGAGGUUAACCACAUCAGAGAUGCCUUUGAGAGAGGAGAGGAUCCUCUAUCGGACAGUGAGUGCGACCUGGACUCUGUGGCCGGUGUGUUGAAGCUUUACUUUAGAGGCCUGGAGCCUCCUCUCUUCCCCUACGACAGCUACUCUAAGCUGCUGGAGUGUGUCCAAAUCGAGGAGGUGACGGAGAAAGAUGCCCAGAUUAAGGCAAUCAUCUCCACCUUCCCGCGGCCUCUCCUCAUUGUGAUGCGCUACCUUUUCGCUUUCCUCAAUCAUGUGACUCAGUAUAGCGACGAGAACAUGAUGCAGCCGUACAACCUGGCCGUUUGCUUCGGACCGAGCCUGCUGAGGGGGUUGGACUCGGAUGACGCUGUUGCCAUGCAGCCGCAGGUCAACGAUCUCGUCAAAACCAUGAUCCUGCAGCAUGACAUUAUCUACCCCAGCCAGUCGGAGUUGCCGGGUCCCGUCUAUGAGAAGCACAUGACACUGGAGCAGGAGUACUGUGAACCGAUCACAGAGGAGGGAGAAGGGGAGACCGAGCAUCUGCCCAGUGAGGAGGAGUGGGAGGCGGUGGCUAUGUUUGACUACUCAGCGAGAUCUCCAGCAGAGCUGUCCUUCAAGCAAGGGGAGCUUCUCAUCCUCCACAGCAAGGCCUCCUGUGAUUGGUGGAGAGGCGAAGUAGGCGGGAUUAAGGGUCUUAUCCCUCACAAGUACAUCAGCGUGCUGGAAGGAUCAGAGCGAGGGAAAAGAGAGGACAGAGAAGGGGGGGGCAGUACUGGGAACCUGACAGCAGACGAUCCGCAGACAGAGAACCCAACCCGGAUGCGGGUGAACAGCGACAGCGCUUCGUUGCCUGGGAGACAGAGAGGAGGCGAGGGGAGCCCCAGUCAAAAGCCGCCAACCUCUCCCGCCGCGCGACACCUGCCAGUGUCUCAGGAGCGAAGACACACCUUGGACACUGUGAGACAGGGCGGCUUCCGACCCCCGGACAGACCAGCGGUCGACAAGGACAUGAUCAGCCGUCAGAUGAACUCGGUGUUCAAGGAGCUGCUGUCUCGCCAGCCUUCCGUGCCGCCGUCCGGGCUCCCCGCCCCUGCUGCCCCGGCUCCCUCUUCCUCCUCCUCCUCAUCCUCUCUUCCUCAAGCUGCCCCCACUGCCAAAAAAGUAGGAUUCGGCCUCAGAGGACGGACCCUUUUCAGGCCGGUGGACUGAGAGAGGGGAGAGUUGGAAAUGCGGAUUCAUUGUUUAACAUCAGCUGAUUAUGCUGAUGCUGAUAAUACAUUCUGUGAAGAUGUUGAUUUAUUUUUCUUGACAUGUGUAUGACAUUUGCAAAGCUGCCAUCUCAUAGUGCCAGUCGCGGUGCCGUGUUACUGUGCGUCCCGUGUGUCUGUUCUCCAGCUGCUUUUAGGUUCCCGUCACUUUUUUGGUUUUCCAGGCUUUUGUGAUUUAUUUUUAUUUUUUAUUUGGAGCACCGGGGAUGUGACUUUACCGGACAGACUUUUUUAAAUGGGUGCCAUGAUACCAAGAGCAGCAACAAAGUACUUAAUCCGCUUCCUAAUGGCAGGUUCUGAGAUCAGCUCUCCCCUUUGCUUCAUUGGUAAAAGAGAAAACUGAUCCGGGGCCUGAGUGCCUUCACGUCUUUUCUUUUCACAGUUAAUUCACUUGAAAAGAUCCAGUAGGUUUUGAGCUCUGCGUAUUAUGUUAAAAAAGAUCUUGUGUUCCAUAUUAAAUAAAACAAUAUACAAUCAUUAGGCCUUCACGAAUAAACAAUAUAAAUUAUCCGUAACAUAAAUAAUAUAUAAAUAUACAUUUUUGUUAAAGGGAAAUUAAUGAAAAUACGAAUAAUUGGGAAAACUAAUUUUCAAAGAAAGAAAAAGGUUCUCAUUUGAAUGUUUCAUUUAUGGGAAAAUACCAUUUAAUUACAAUGAUAAUAAUUUAGUAGUCAUGAUAUCAUGGUUGCUUCAUGUAUUUCACACAGGUUUAUUCAGCUGAAUAUUUAUUUCACAAAGAUGCAUUUAUUUAAUAUUGAACAUUUUGCCACCCUAUAGAUGCUAGCGGGUGGUUCAGUACUUAAUAGCAGCAUGCAUCGUUAAAACGCACACACAAAUACCAACACAAACACGCACAGGUACGCAAAGACAGAAAACGCAUUCCCCUUCAUAUGUGAAACGCGGCCUGAUCCGCAGGCCGAAACUCAGGGCUUUUUGCAGAGUUAGAGCCGACUCAGGUUGGAACAAGGAACUAGUAGGAUUUUCUACCCUCGGGGCUUUUGGUUGACUCGCUCUUCAACUGGAAACACGUGCCCCAGCCUCAAGAGCCACACAACGGCCCCCGGACGGGAGGAUUCGCCCACUUCCGCUGGUUUAAACUGUGAAUGCAACGGCCAACAUUUUUUGGCGCCAUGGUGGAAUCUCUCGUCUCGUUCAUCCACACAUUUCGGCCCCACUCCGGAAACAUCCACACACAGCGCACGGUCCACAGCUCUCAUGGUGGCAGUGAAUUGUACGUUUACUUUGAUUCUGAAAGCAUUUGAAGCGUUCUCGUGGCAUCUUCCCCCUCUGUCGUGUUUCAGUAUCGGAAACAUAGAAGUAGAAUUUUUUUUUUUUUUAAAUGGAUUUUUCCUCGAUGAUUAAAACAACCUGUUAGUCUGGAUUACUGUUAGAUGAUGUCACUGAAUUUGCUGUGUGUGUAUAUGUGGUUAAAAAAAACUGAAUUCAAUAAAGAUGGUGAAGAGAGGAAUGAUUAA